AUGUCAGCCAGUCAGUCAUUUGAUUCCACAGCCACCACAACGCGGCGCAGCAUGGAGCAUCGCCAGUCAACAGACCAGCCCUGCGUGGCCGACGUGGAAACGAAAGAGUAUAUACACGACGUCCCUCGGGAGACCGACAAUGAGAGAGAUACCGACGUGGAGAGUGCUCGGAUUCAGUCAUCCUCAUUGGAAAAGCCCACCGAAAAGGAUCCCAAUCUGGUGGAAUGGGAUGGACCAGAUGAUCCAGAGAAUCCUCAAAACUUCUCUCGAGGCCGCAAGUGGCUCAUCACCGUGACCAUGUCGUCCAUGACCAUGUGGAUCACCUUUGCCAGCAGUGUUUUUUCUACAGCGACCCUGGUCACAGCCAAGGAGUUCAACGUCUCAACGGAGGUGAUGACCUUGGCCACAAGUUUGACCGUCUUUGGAUUUGCUCUGGGUCCUCUGUUCUGGGCCCCCGUGAGUGAACUCUACGGACGUCGCUUGCCGCUGUUCGCUGGAUACGCCGUCUUCGCCAUCUUUCAGAUCCCCGUUGCGGUGGCUCAGAACGCUCAGACAAUCCUGGUCAGUCGAUUCCUGCUGGGCGUCUUUGGUUGCUCGCCGCUCGCGGUGGUCGGUGGCGCUAUGGCCGAUCUCUGGGACCCCAUCGACCGAGCUGUCGCGAUUGCCAUGUUCAGCUCUGCCACGUUCCUCGGUCCCGUUCUCGGUCCCAUCAUCGGCGGCUUCCUGACAGACUCGUACCUUGGCUGGCGAUGGACCGCCUGGAUCACGCUGAUCACAUCCUCCUCCUUCGGCCUCCUCGCCUUGAUCAUCGUCCCCGAGACCUACGCGCCCAAGCUCCUGCAACAACGAGCGGCUCGUCUGCGCCGCGAGACCAAGAAUUGGGCCUUGCAUUCCUUCCUGGACGAACACGAGCCCAGUCUCGCCGAAAUCGGCCGCAAGUACCUCCUCCGUCCCCUUCAGAUGCUCGCCCUGGAGCCCAUCCUCAUUUGCAUGACCAUCUACUUGGCCCUGGUCUACGGCAUCCUCUAUCUCUUCUUCGAAGCCUACCCCAUCUCCUUCAACGUCGUGCGCGGCUGGCACAGUCUCGGCGUUGCCGCACUCCCCUUCAUCGGCAUCAUGAUCGGCGUCCUCUGCGGUGCCGCCCUCAUCAUCUACACCACCAAGACUCGUUUCGCCCGCAAACUCGCCAAACACGGCAAAGUCGUGCCCGAAGAGCGUCUCGUCCCCAUGAUGAUUGCCUCCGUCCUGCUCCCCAUCGGCCUCUUCUGGUUCGGCUGGACCUCCGACCCCAGCGUCCCCUGGGGCGCCCAGGUCGUCGCCGGUAUCCCCAUCGGCCUCGGUAUCCUGGUCAUUUUCAUGCAGGGCCUCAACUAUAUCAUUGACGUGUACAUGAUGUUCGCCAACUCGGCUAUCGCAGCCAACACCCUCAUUCGGUCCGCACUCGGUGGGGCCUUCCCGCUGUUCGCAACGCAGAUGUAUACCAACCUCGGCGUGGACUGGGCCUCAAGUGUCCUGGGCUUCAUUACCAUUGCCAUGAUCCCCAUCCCGAUCUUGUUUUUCUUCUACGGUGCCCGUAUUCGUGCCAUGAGUCGCUUCACUCCCAAGUUCUAG